ACUACAAUUCCCGAGAAGUAUCGUGACACGCGGAAACGGAGUAAGAGGCGUGGUUUUCUUUUUCUAACAUGUGGAAAGAAGUAACUGCAGUAGUGUAAACAUGGCUGGAUUGGAACUUCUUUCUGACCAGGGAUUUAGGAUAGAUGGCAGAAAAGCAACUGAACUUCGUAAAAUUCAGGGACGAAUGGGGGUGUUUGCCCAAGCUGACGGAUCAGCUUACAUCGAACAAGGAAACACCAAGGCGCUAGCGGUUGUGUACGGGCCCCACGAGAUCCGUGGCUCUAGAAGUAAAAGUUUGCAUGAUAAAGCAACAAUAAACUGCCAAUACAGCAUGGCAACUUUUAGCACAGGGGAACGUAAGAGACGUCCACAUGGUGAUCGCAAAUCCAAUGAAAUGACACUGCAUCUUAAGCAGACUUUUGAAGCAGCAAUACUAACACAGCUGUAUCCUCGCUCUCAAAUUGACAUCUAUGUCCAGAUUCUUCAGUCUGAUGGUGGAAAUUACUGUGCCUGUGUGAAUGCUGCAACACUGGCUGUCAUUGAUGCUGGCAUUCCAAUGAAGGACUAUGUGUGUGCCUGCUCAACUGGAUUUAUUGAGGAAACUCCACUGGUUGACCUUUGCUAUGUGGAAGAGUCUGCAGGUGGACCUCAGAUUGCUCUGGCCCUGCUCCCUAAAUAUGACCAGAUUGCCUUGCUAGAAAUGAAUGCUCGACUUCAUGAGGACCAUUUGGAGGGUGUGAUUGACUCUGCAGCAAAAGCAUGCAAGGAUGUGUAUGCUGUACUUGACAGGAUCGUGAGAGAGCAUUUACAGGAGGUCACUGCUCUUCUUGGAGAGUAGAAUAAAAGGUUUCUGGUUACAAUUCAGCAGAUUAUCAUCAAGUCCAAAAGGUUGUAAUUUUCAAGUAGUUUCCAGUGAACUGAGGGAUUCCUGAAAGUCACAGCCAUAUUUGAAAGAGACUGUGUUUAAGUAACCUAUGACAAUUUUCAAGUCUGAUUUUAUGUUAAUUUCCAGGUUUCAUUUUUGAAAUGUUAAUUUCCAGAUUUUUGUGUGAGUAUGUAAACAUAACAGUCAUUGUAUAAUCUCACUGCAGUAGUUGCAGUUGCAGAACUACAGUUUUCAGAGACAGAUUUUGUACAUUUCUCAUGUUCCGCAUUUACUAUUAAAGCGCACUGGUCUUUAAUCUUUA